AUGGUGACCCCUUUCAGUGCGUCAGCUAUUGUCUUCCUCCCCCUCUGCGGAACUAACGUCGCCGGCCUCCGUUUCCGGACUCAGGAUCUGAAGACAAAAAAGCAUCACAUUCCAGUGGUCGAUCGCACUCCCUUAGAGCCACCACCGGUCGUGGUGGUGGUGGUCGGCCCUCCGAAAGUAGGGAAGAGCACCUUGAUAAGAUGUCUCAUUAAGAAUUCCACCAGGCAGAAGUUGGUUGAAAUUCGGGGCCCCGUCACAAUUGUGUCAGGCAAAAAGCGUAGGCUGACCAUCAUUGAGUGUGGAUGUGACAUUAAUACGAUGAUUGACCUGGCGAAAGUUGCUGACUUGGUGUUGAUGCUCAUCGAUGCCAGUUUCGGAUUUGAAAUGGAAACGUUUGAGUUCCUGAACAUUUGCCAGAUACACGGCUUUCCGAAAAUCAUGGGCGUGCUUACGCACUUGGAUACCUUGAAGAAUAACAAACAGCUCAAGAAGACGAAGAAAAGAUUGAAACACAGAUUCUGGACAGAAGUGUAUCAGGGUGCCAAGCUGUUCUAUCUCUCUGGCAUGGUACAUGGAGAAUAUCAAAAGCAGGAAAUCCACAACCUGGGGCGCUUCAUCUCGGUGAUGAAAUUCCGUCCCCUUACAUGGCAGACGUCUCAUCCAUACGUUCUGGCAGACAGGAUGGAAGAUCUGACUAACCCAGAAGAUGUCCGAGUUAAUCCAAAGUGUGAUAGGAAGGUUUCGCUUUACGGCUACUUAAGAGGAGCAUACCUGAAAAACAAAAGCCAGAUACACAUACCAGGUGUUGGGGACUUCACUGUGAGCGAUGUGGCUUUCCUGCCAGACCCCUGUGCGCUCCCGGAUCACCAGAAGAAGCGGUCCUUGAACGAGAAGGAGAAGCUCAUCUACGCGCCGCUGUCCGGCGUCGGAGGUUUGGUGUAUGACAAAGAUGCCGUCUACAUUGACCUGGGGGGAAGUCAUGCCCGGCAAGAGAGAGAGGAGGAAGCAAGGCCAAAUCACGAACUGGUCCAGAGCCUCAUCUCCGCACACUCCACCAUCGAUGCCAAGAUGGCUUCCAGCAGGGUCUCUCUCUUCAUGGAUUCCAAGCCACUAGGAACUGAGGAUGUUGAAAACGAAACGUUGUUCACAGUGCCUAAAGAGGAGAAGAAAAUGGACACGCGCACCGGGAGGAUGCGUCGGAAAGCAGUGUUUGAAGAUGAAGACGGCGAAGAUGGGGAAAGCGAGGAGGAGGAGGAAGAGGAAGAAAUGUCCAUGGAUGAGAACGGUGAGGAGAGUGAUAGUGAGGAAGAGGAGGAGGCUCGUGGAGAACAAGGCGGUCAAGAUCUCCUGGGACAGGAACUGGUUCUGAGAACUUGCAAGCGCCUUAGAAAAGCAACGGCACAAGCGACUCCAGGAGAGCUGCCCGCUUUUGCUGACAGUGACGACGACCUGGAGAUGAGCUCAGGCGACGAAAGAGAAGCUGUUCUUGAAGAGCAUAUGGAAGACGCGGCUGGAGAAGGACAGACGAGUGAAGAGGAGGGAGGAGGAUUGGUAGAAGAUUCAGAUACUGAAGAGUCCAGCGGAGAAAACGUUCCAGAGUCCCAAGCGCAGAGGAUUGGAAAUAAGGACCCUGAGUUGAAGUCCAUGACGGAGGAGGAGGAUGUUGAAGGUCUAUUGAAAGAGGAAGAGGAUUAUAAAGAAGCAUCCGACUUCUCCGUAGAUACAGCUGGCGCACUUAAAUGGAAAGAAGACCUUACGCAAAAAGCAGCAGAAGCGUUUCUGAGACAGCAGCAGUCGGCUCCCAGUCUCCGUAAACUUAUUUAUGGGACAGUGGCUGAGGAUGAGGAGGAUGAAGGCAAAGCCGGCGGAGAGCUUGGAGGGCUGUUCCGCGUCAGUCGCCCUGACAAGGAAUCCAAGCGAAAGGCUGACGCCCUCGACUGCUCCAAGUUCCCAGUAGAAGCCCCCAAAGAUUGGGACUUAGAUGAGGUCAUGGACAGCAUCCGGGACUGCUUUGUGACAGGAAACUGGGAAGCCGACAAAGACGCAGCCAAACUGUUGAAAGACGACGAGCUAUACGGUGAUUUUGAAGAUCUGGAAACAGGAACUGUACACAAGGGCAGACCGGAUGAUCAAGGAGACGAGGCAGGAAGUGGAGAGGAGAAAGAGGCGGGCGGGGGGAAAGGGACCGAGGAAGCCGAGGAGAAGCAGCAGCAGCAGCGGAUGGAUAAGAAACGUAAACUGAAGGAGAUGUUUGACGCCGAGUACGACGAGGGGGAUGCCACUUACUUCGAUGAUCUGAAAGGAGAGAUGCUGAGACAGGCGCAGCUUAACCGGGCUGAGUUUGAAGAUCAAGACGACGAGACCAGAGUGCAGUACGAAGGCUUCCGGCCCGGGAUGUAUAUCCGAGUAGAAAUUGAGGGCGUCCCCUGUGAACUAGUGCUGAACUUUGACCCCCACUAUCCAGUUAUCUUGGGAGGCCUGGGGAACACUGAAGGAAACGUCGGUUAUGUGCAGAUGCGCCUGAAGAAGCAUCGCUGGUAUAAGAAAAUACUGAAGACUCGCGAUCCUUUGAUUCUCUCGUUGGGCUGGAGGCGGUUUCAAACCAUCCCCAUGUAUUACAUCGAGGACCACAACGGUCGUCACAGGCUGCUCAAGUAUACACCUCAGCACAUGCAUUGCGGAGCGUCUUUUUGGGGUCCUAUCACUCCACAAGGGACAGGGUGUCUGGCAAUCCAGUCAGUCAGUGGGACGACGCCCGAUUUCCGGAUAGCGGCUACUGGAGUUGUGCUUGACUUGGAUAAGUCAAUAAAGGUUGUGAAGAAACUGAAACUGAUUGGCUUCCCAUUCAAAAUUUACAAGAAUACGGCAUUUAUCAAGGGGAUGUUCACCUCCGUCCUGGAAGUGGCCAGGUUCGAAGGUGCGGCCCUCCGGACCGUGAGUGGAAUCCGCGGACAGAUCAAGAAGGCCCUGCGGACCCCUGAGGGAGCUUUCAGGGCCACCUUUGAAGAUAAGCUGCUGAUGAGUGACAUUGUCUUCAUGCGGACUUGGUACCCCGUAUCCCUCCCGACCUUCUACAAUCCGGUCACUUCCUUGCUGAAGCCUGUGGGUGAGAAGGACUCUUGGACCGGGAUGAAGACGACAGGGCAGUUAAGACGCGAGAAGGGAAUCAGGCUGAAACAGAACAAGGAUUCCCUCUAUAAGAUCGCAGCCCUGCUCACGGCUCUGGGCACGGUGCACAAGCACAAGCUGAAGAAAGCCAAAGCGAAUCAUCGCCAGCAGGUCAAAGAGCACCUGAAAGUGAAGCAGAAAGAGGAGGAGGCGAAGCUCAAGAGGCAGAAGGAAGCAAAGAAGAAACUCUACCGGAUCAUUGGACAGAGGGAGAAGAAGAGGCAGAAGUCGAGCCUGAAGGGGUCAGCCGGAAGAGAGAA